AUCUUCAUAUACUUUGCUCUUACAUGUUAAAUUAUUUUUUUCAACAAAAUACAUUCCAAAAGAUGGCAUUCCAAAAGAUGUUGACAAAUUUGACGAGAAUAUAUCUACUGCUGGCCAUCGUUAAUGUGAUCUUUAGCGGUCUCAGUUCAUCUCAUUUGGAUCAUGACGUUGCAAAGGGUAAUUUUACCCAAACAAGACUAUGGGGUGUACCAGUAAACCAAACUCGACUGAUUCUUAUUGGAAAAACCGGAGUGGGCAAGAGUACUACGGGAAACGCUAUUCUUGGAUUCAGGGCCUUUAAAACUAAGGUCUCUGCAAUGUCAGUCACGAACCAUGUCCAAUUUAAUACCUCCAAGCGCUUCCAGAAAAGCCUUCUUGUUGUUGAUACCCCCGGUCUUUAUGAUACCAAUAAAACAAAAGAAGAGGUGGUAAAGGAAAUCACGAAAUGUUUUAACAUCACUUCACCUGGUAUACAUGCGAUUGUCUUGGUUCUGCAAAUUGGUCGAUUUACUGAGGAGGAGAAGAAAACUGUUGAUUUCUAUUUAGAAUUAUUUGGGAAAGAUGUAAAGAAAUACCUCAUGAUAGUAUUUACUGGAAAAGAUAGAUUGGAUUAUGAAGGCAUAACAUUGGAAGAAUACAUUGAGUCUUUAGAUAACGAAUCCACUCUGAAAGCCCUUCUGAAUGACAUAAACGGAAGAUACACAGCAAUAGGGAUGGGAGGAAACAUUACCGAACUCGAGAGCGAUGUAAAACGGAUUUUAAAAAUUGUUAUGGAAAUGAAUAAAAAUUCCCAGGAUGUCGGGUACACGAAUGAGCAUUUCAAGGAAGCCGAAGCAGUAAUUAGACAGAAACAAGAAGAGUACGCUGCAAAACUGAGGGAAAAUGAGAAGGCCAAAGAGAAAAAGAUGCUCGAAAAAAUUAGAAUGGAACAUCAAAUACAAAUUGUCAACAACAACCAAAACAUCGGUGGUUUUGUUUGGGCUGCUAUAAGCCUGUUUUCCUCUCUUCUUAUACUACUUUGAUUUCUUUUUAAUGGUUUCUUCAGUUUUACCCAAGUUGAAAAUGUAGCAUUACACAUAAAGUACGAUUUAUUGUAUGUUUUAUUCAUGAUAAAACGGAUGUUUUAUUGUAAUGUUAGGAAAAUUCAACUCAUGUAUUGGUCAUUUUCCUUUAAUGCGAAUACUGCAGGUCGAGCUUUAUAUAGAAGUAAAGUGUCAUCUUUAAAUAUGUGUCGGGAUACAAAUACAGGUCGAUAAAAGAUUAAGGUAGAAAGAAUUUUACAAAUGAUGCAUUGUUUCUUGUUUUUGUAAUUUGUGUGAUUUAUAAUAGAUUUUUAUUCUUAUUUUGAAAUUUUAUAAUACGUUUUUUUUUUUCAAAUCCCAAGGCUACAUGUUUGAUUGUGUCGACCCUAUACGUCGUCACUAAGAAAUUACGAUGAACAUUUAUAAAGGGAGAAACCUGUGUUUAAAUAGUGAUAGAUGCACUUUCUUUUACAGUGUUAUACAUGUAUGAUAGAUAAUAAUAUGAAGUUAAAACAACAUGUACUUAUAGCAAUUAAUUAUGUAUAUUAAGUGCUUUUACACUGCAUAUACAAAUUGUGACUUAUUCUAGCGACUAAAUUUAACUAAUUCUGACAGAUUGAACAUAAAGCUGAUUUUUUUUAUGAACAAAGCCUGUGUGGUUCAUAUAAGGCACUUAAAACAUCGCUUUUGAAUGAGAGCCAGUUUGUAAUCAAUUCAUAAUUUCAAUAAAAACACAUGAAAAUUACUAUUAUAAUAUUUAUAUAUAGAGAGAGACAGAC